CAAUGUUUAUAUUUUUUUAAAUAAUUUUGUUUAAAGCUGCUUUAAAAUAAAUUAAACUAAAUUUGCCAUGUUUUCUGUCUUACACAUACCAAAAAACUCUGGACGUUUUGUUAGAUUAUUUAAAAAAAGAAAUUAUGAUGUGUACAAUUUCGUUAAGUGUAAAUUUUCUAGAAGUUUAAGUAAUUAUAAAGAAAAAUCUAUAGAUUUGUACCAAGACAAUGAAGACCCUGAAACAGAAGUCGUUUUAGAUUUGAAAAAAGAAAAGUAUUUGAGCGAUUUAGAAGAAACUAAUGGCAAUAAAAGUGAGAAAUUGCUCGGAUUAAAUCUAGAACGAGGAAUUUAUGGGGUUUAUGACAUUGAAGAUCUGGUCGAUACUUUACAUAAGGAAAAUGCUGAGGAUCUUUUUGUAGCUGCAGUCCCAAAAGAAAUAAAUUAUGUUGAUUACAUAGUUCUUGUAUCUGGGAAAUCGGUUAGGCAUAUGCAAGCUAUUGCUCAAUUUGUACGAAGAGUUUAUAAGCAUAAGAAACUUUCUACUGAUAUAUUUCCAAGAUUAGAAGGGGAAGAUUCAAAAGACUGGAUUGCCAUUGACUUAGGAAAUAUUGCUUUACAUAUAUUUUCACACAAAGCAAGAAAGCUCUAUGAUUUAGACUUAUUAUGGUCAGUAGGGCCUAAAUAUGAUGACGAGUACAAUAAAAAGGAACCAGUAUCAGAAAUUUUAGAGAAGUAUUCAACACAUUUAGGUGGAUUUCAACCUGCUUCAUAAAAAUAAGUUUAGGAUAAAUAGACUAAUAUGUAUAUUAUAAAAAAUAAUUGUAAAUAAAUAUCUAAGAAGUUACUUCUUAA